AUGCGAGGCGAGGUGAACCCGAACGAAGAACUGGACGUGUACAUUUGCAUCCACACUUACAAGGACACAAUCACUUUGUGCUCGAGGACGACAAAGUUGUCGCUCAAUCGUCGAGAUUGCGCAAUUGACAUCAAGCUCGGUCUAUGGGUGGCGUUGAAGAUUGAUGAGGACACGCAAAAGCCGUCCUUUAUCUCUCCAGUCGGGCCACCACUGGAGACGUCACUGGACAACAAUGGGGAAUUGAUCAUUCACUGCCGAGCUGCCUUGUGUGAGACGGACGCCUAUCAGUACUCCGUUCCGGAGAAGUUCGUAUGGAGCCCCGAGUUUGAUUUUAUCUAUGAUGACAACGACAGGAUGACCGAGGAUCGCGGAGUCCGACCGAACUACCUCUACACCAUUCAAAUCAAACCGAUGGAGAACGCGAUGCUGAUGUCUGGGUAUUCGAAAGCGAUUGCAAUUUUUGAAGUGGUUGAGAUUGUCGGUGACGCGGAAGGGCAAAUCGAUAUAGUGAAAGCGCCUUGGAUCAGUCGAUCGGCUCAUCUUCCUAAUUUGACUGCUACCGCAUUGUCGAAACGAGAAGAUUUAUCUAAAGUGAAUCAGAACACCUUCUACAAAGGAAUCGUCUGUCAGUCAAGGACUCUUGGAGAACGGUCAGAGGUCUAUGUCUGGUCUCGAAACACUGGUCGUUUCAAAAUCUCCGCUCAACUUCUUUCACGAGUCACUCUGCAAGUCGGUGACUGGGUGAAGUUUCAGUUAAAGAUCUCUCAUCCCAGGGAAGGACCUGAAGCACAACGUGUCCACACAUUGCAUGCAGAAGAGCCGCGCGAAACAUCGAGUGAAACGGAUAACAGAGGAACCACUCGAGCUCUGAUGCUUGUUCGAGUCGUGCUCACGGAUGCUAAAAGCCAUGAUGCCGAAGACGAGGAAAUUGGAACUGUUGGGAUCAAGGGACUCUGUGCUGCUCUCCGGGACAAAGCGUACGACAUCGAUGAUCUUAUUCAAAACCGAAAUGUCGUCAAAUUUUGGGCGAAAUUUCAAAUGCGCGACCCCGUUCGUCACUGGGAGUUUCGAGAUUUGGGCGAUGACCCAAUUGAGGAGCCCGACGAAACUCCAGCCGCUUUACCGAAAGGAGAUCUCAUCAAUUUU